AUGUCGUACAACGCAGACGAGACCCCUGCGGUUUGCGAAAACUGUUUGGGCCCCAACCCGUAUGUGGAGAUGUCACGAGAAAGAAAUGGAGCAGAAUGCAAACUGUGCACUCGCCCGUUCACUGUUUUUCGAUGGUCUGUGAAGAAAGGCGAGAGACUAAAAAAGACAUUAUGCUGUUUGACCUGUGCAAGAGCCAAGAAUUGUUGUCAGUCCUGCAUGUUGGAUCUGACACUGGGAAUUGAUUUGCGUACGAGAGAUCAGCUUUUGAAGCUGACAGAUCAAAGCCACGCCCUGGAGUUGACUCCUCAGAACCAAAUGUCUAAAAUUUACGCCGCUACUCAACUUGAAAAAAAAUACAAGGCUGCAGGGGAAGAUGGUAUUGAAACAGUGGAGCAGAAACGGGCAGAUGCACGCAAACUAGUAGAUUCGCUAUCCAAAGCUGUGCAUAACAAAAAAAGGAAACAAGAGAGCGAGCAGGACGAAGAGCAGGUCAGCAAAGAGGAGCUGAUCAAGCUUUGCAAACACCUGCCAUUUAAUGGCAGUUUAGAGACGCCCAAAAGCAGCAAAAUCAAGUCGUUUUUCCUUUUUGGUUUUGGCGAGAAACUCGCCGAAUACCAGGUGCGCGAUUACUUUGAGGAUAUCGUUGGCGAAAAGAAAGUUGAUGCUGUUACUUUGAACCAUCGGGGCAAAUUUGGUUUUGUAGAGUUCUCCUCCAGACAGGCUGCCGAGAAGGCAGCAGAAUGUCUCAAAAAUUCGCUCCUACAUCCAAAAAUGGUUGUUGUUGCGGGAGAGCCGCUUCGACUAUGUUGGGCCGGAAAGACUACCACCCCUUCUUUUUCGACCACAGAAAUUGCACAGGUCCGUACUAUUGUGAAACGCCAAAUGAUCAAAUAUGCCACCAAAGAACAGAAGAAGAGCAGUGGAACCCAGGUUCAAAGCCCUGUCACUAAAAGGUCUAAAACAGAAAGCACCACGUCCUCCAAAUACACUAGUCUUCGAACAGACCUGGAAGUCUAA